AUGGAGCGUCUUCUCUCAGUGUGGAUAGAGGACCAAAACCAGCGGAACAUACCUCUAAGUUUGCCUGUGAUACAAGCUAAGGCAAAAAGUUUGUAUGACAAAUUAAAGAGAGACCAAGGUGAAGGAUCACAGACAGAGAUGUUCAUGGCAAGUCGGGGAUGGUUUGAUCGGUUCAAGAGGCGCUUCCACCUGCACAACAUGAAGAUGUCCGGUGAGGUGGCUAGUGCCGAUACUGCAGCAGCUGAAAAAUUCCCAGAGUAUCUCAAGAAAAUAAUUGAGGAAGGAGGCUAUUCACCUAAGCAAGUCUUCAAUGUCAAUGAAACAAGUCUCUACUGGAAGAGGAUGCCUGAACGGACUUACAUUUCCCGAGAGGAGAAGACAGCGCCUGGAUUUAAAGCAGCUAAAGCCUGCCUAACCUUGCUUCUAGGUGGUAAUGCUGCUGGAGACAUGAAGAUGAAACCGCUGACAGUGUACCAAUUCGAAACACCACGAGCUCUCAAGGGAUUUUCAAAGGAAGACCUUCCGGUCAUUUGGAGAUCCAAUAAGAAGGCAUGGAUAACUGGAGCUAUUUUUUCAGAAUGGCUGACUCUCUAUGCCAUCCCUGCAUGGAAGGAAUACUGUACCAACGAAAAUCUUGAUUUCAAGAUUUUAUUACUUAUUGAUAAUGCACCAGCUCAUCCAAUCAAUCUGGAUGACCUGUGCGAAAACGUCAAAAUUGUCUUUCUGCCACCUAACACCACAUCACUCAUCCAACCCAUGGACCAAGGAGCCAUCGCUGCGUUUAAGGCAUAUUACUUACGCCGUACUUUCGACCAGCUCAUCAGAGGCACUGAUGGAGAAGGCAAGCCUACGAUUCGGCAAUUUUGGCGUGACUACAACAUCCUCAAGUGCAUCAAUAACAUUGGUGAGUCCUGGGCUGAAGUUACUCAGGCAUGCAUGAAUGGUGUGUGGGGGAAGUUGUGGCCUGAAUGUGUCAAUGACGUAAAAGGAUUUAAAGAUGUUGUUCCUGCUAUGAGGAAAGAUAUUCUCAGCUUGGCCAAGAAAGCGGGUUUUGAUGAGGUGGAAGAAGCCGACGUUACACAACUUCUGCAGUCACAUGGAGAAGAGCUAACCAAUGAAGAUCUGAUGCAACUAGACAUGAUGAGAGCAAUGGAAGACGAGGGCCAAGAAGUAAAAGAAGAACCAACCCAUCGAAAUUUGACUGCCAAACGUCUUUCUGAAGCUUUCCAAAUGAUUGAAGCUGGCUUGCAGAUCCUUAGUGAUGAUGAUCCUGACAGGGAACGCAGCUCCAAA